UUAGAGUUACCCUUAAUAUUUUUUGACGUGAGUUUAAUAACCUCGAAUGGUUACGUUUAAGUACAGUCAGUCGUUGUUUGACGUUUCAAUGGGUGACAUCAUGUUUGUGAUUUAAUUACGUGUAACGAUAGUUUGAUAUUGUGUUAUGUAAAUAAAGGCACACGAAAAAAAAUGAUAGCAUCAGAAAUAGGUUCAACAAAUAAUGAAUCUUCACACAUUAAGAUUGGGAGUGAAAAAGCUCCAUUAAUCCAUGGAAGAAGUGUUCUUUAUAGACUGAGUAAUUUCUUUAGAAUUAGAAGAGCUCAACAUUCUGAAGGAGAUGGAUAUGUUGAAUUUGGUAGUUUGGGUGCAGACAAUGGUCGUACCUUGGGAACUUUUGCUGGCGUAUUUAGUCCUGUUACAUUAUCCAUGUUUAGUGCCUUAAUUUUCAUACGAAUGGGGUAUAUUGUGGGCAAUGCAGGAUUACUUGUAACUUUGACGCAAUUCGUAAUCGCAUAUGGAAUUUUACUAUUCACUGUAGCAUCUGUAUGCGCAAUUUCAACAAAUGGAGCAGUCGAGGGAGGAGGAGCAUAUUUUAUGAUUAGUCGAACUCUUGGACCAGAAUUUGGUGGUUCUAUUGGUACAUUAUUUUUCAUGGCUAACAUUGUAUCGAGUGCACUUUGUAUCUCUGGUUGUGCUGAAGGAUUGAUAGAAAACUUUGGGCCAUCUGGUUAUUUAUCUGGCAAGAGUGCUCUUAUUCCAGAUGGUAGAUGGUGGCGGUUUUUAUAUUGUUCCGUAUUAAACACUGCCAAUUUAUUAGUAUGUCUAAUAGGAGCAACAAUGUUUGCAAAAACCAGUGUAGCUAUUUUAGCUGUCGUUUGUGUUUGUCUGUCAAGUGUUUUUAUAAGCUUUUUAGCACAAGGAGCUAUGGAGAUACCAAUUCCAGAUGCAAAUACACUUGUUCAAAAUGCAACUGAACAUGUCAAUGGUACUUAUACAGGGUUAUUAUCGUCUACUCUUAUAAGUAAUCUUUACUCAAAUUAUAGUCAUGAUUAUUCAAGUAAUGGAGCAAUAACUAGUUUCGCAAGCGUAUUUGGUGUAUUAUUUAGUGGAGUAACUGGUAUAAUGGCUGGAGCUAAUAUGAGUGGUGAACUGAAGAAUCCAGGCAGAAACAUUCCACAUGGAACUUUGUCAGCAGUAUUGUUUACAUUCAUAUGUUACAUUCUUUUAUCUAUUCUUACAGCAGCAAGUACAAGUCGAUUUCUGUUGCAAAAUAAUUUUAUAUACAUGAUGCCAAUUAAUAUUUGGCCACCAUUCGUAGCAGUUGGCAUAGUAACAGCUACAUUUAGUGCUGGACUGAGUAAUUUAAUAGGAUCGAGUAGAGUAUUAGAAGCAUUAGCAAAAGAUAAUGUAUUUGGAUCUGGAUUAAAUUUCGUGACGCAAGGAACGUGGAAAGGAAAUCCAAUUGCUGCAGUUUUAACAUCAUGGACUUUAGUUCAAAUAAUUUUACUUGUCGGUUCUUUGAACACGAUAGCUCAGAUUAAUUCGGUAUUAUUUUUAUUAAGUUAUUUGGCUACCAAUUUAGCUUGCCUCGGACUUGAGCUUGCAAGUGCUCCAAACUUUAGACCAACGUUUAAUUAUUUUACAUGGCACACAGCAACAAUUGGACUUCUUGGAACAUUAAUAAUGAUGUUUGUUAUAAAUAGUAUUUACGCUUCUAGUAGUAUAAUAUUAUGUUUAAUAUUGAUCAUCGUAUUGCAUUUAUUUUCUCCGAGUAAAAAUGCACCAUGGGGAAGCAUAUCACAAGCAUUAAUAUUCCAUCAAGUUAGAAAAUAUUUAUUAAUGCUUGAUUCACGUAAAGAUCAUGUGAAAUUUUGGCGACCACAAAUGCUCUUAAUGGUUGCUUCACCACGAUCAGCAUGUCCACUUAUAGAUUUUGUAAAUGAUUUGAAAAAAGGAGGACUUUAUGUAAUUGGCCAUGUAAAAGUUGGAGAAUUUUUGGGUCAGAAUAUUGAUCCUACCAUUGAAGAAUAUCCACAUUGGUUAAGUUUAGUUGAUCAUAUGAAAGUAAAAGCAUUCGUUGAAUUGACAGUAACAAAAACUGUACGCGAAGGAUUGCAUCAUUUAAUAAGGAUAUCUGGAAUGGGAGCAAUGAAACCAAAUACAAUUGUUCUUGGUUUCUACGACGAAGAAACACAAACGGAUUUCUUUAAGAACUCUCAGUAUGCAACGGACAUGUUUGAGAAUGUUUCAACAGUUCCAAAUAGCACUGUUUUCCCUCUUAGACAGUCAAAUGUAGAGAAAAAUUUAGAUGCAAUACAAUAUGUUGGAAUGUGUUCAGAUGUUCUAAAAAUGAAAAAAAAUUUAUGCCUCUGCAGAAACUUCCACAUAUUAAACAAAUCGCAAAUAACAAAGAAUUCUAACUUAAAAUAUAUCGACAUAUGGCCCGUAAAUUUCUUCCAGCCAACAGACCAAGAUCCAUUUGAUACAACAUCAUUGUUCAUGCUUCAACUUGCAUGCAUUAUCAAUAUGGUACCUGUAUGGAAAAAUUUACAUCUGAGAGUUUUCCAUUGCGAAAUUUCAGAUAGCGAUGCGAAUUUAAGUAUUUCAGAUCCGCAAAAUUCAAUUAGCGAAUAUCCAAGAAUUUCUAAUGAACAUCGCAUUAGAAAACUAUUGAACAUGUUAAGAAUAUCUGCAUCCAUUAAAAAAAUUCCUAAUUGGGGAUCACAAGUACGCGGGUUAAAGGGCAGAUCUCUCAUUGAAUCAAGAGUGGAACCUCAAUUUGAAUCAAGUAUCGAAAACAGUGACAACAUUUUAAGCAAUGUUUCACGUUCUUAUAUUUUGAGUGUCAAUCAACUAAUCAGACAGUAUUCUUCACAAACUGUAACGACAUUCAUGUAUUUGCCUGCUCCACCAGCGUCAAAUACUUGGGACGAAGAAACUAUGUAUCGUCAAUAUCUUCAAUUGUUAACGGAAUUGACUGCAGAUUUACCACCUAUAAUAUUAGUUCAUGGCGUCAGUGCCGUCACGUCAACGACACUAUAACAAAUGUACAUAUAGGAACGUAAGUUCCUACUAUAUCAAUUUUACGAAAGAAGGUAUUUAUUUACAGGUAAAUUAAUUAUCCAACAUUGAAGUAUAAUUUUAACGUUCCGAAUAUAUUUAAAGAAGUCAGUAUUGGUUUUUAAAAUAUUAGAAGAAUUCAACAUAUUUAAUUUACCAUAUCAUAUCAUCAUAAUUUUAAACUUUCAUGAUUAAUCGGUUUGCUAUUAAUAUCGGUUUCUUAUCACGAUGGGAGAACCUUAAUCUUAUAUUAAAAAUAGUUUAUCACUGUGAUAAUGACAUUACUCUAUAAGAGACUUUCCAGAAGUGAAUAUUUUUUAAACAUGUAAAAUAUCUUUAUCGAGAAAUAUAUAAGCUUUAUUUUUAACACA